UCUCAUUUGCUUGCUCUUGCAGCCUCGCUCUCUGAUCUUGCUUGGCGCUGACGUCAUGAAUCGUCGGGCAGUGACGCUGACUUCGCUGCUGCUGGCGCUGCUGCUCAGCCAGAGAUUGACGCCGAGCCUCGGCUCCGCGGUGCUCAUAUCGGACAUGACGAUGACCAUGAUGGUGGAGCUGUCAUCGCGGCAUCCCUUCUGCAAGAUGCACACGGAUCGGGGCGACAUCCAGCGGAUGCUGCUGCAGUCGGAUCCGCGACGCAUACGCCAGGUGCCGCGCGAGUCGGUCGUGGAGCUGGAGGAGGUCUGCCGCCGUCAGGGAUCCUACGGGCACGAGUUUCGCGGCGGCCUGGGCUUCAUCUAUCCGGGCACCAAGUGGUGCGGCCCCGGCACCGCCGCCACCAGCUACGACGACCUGGGCCAGCAUGUGCGCGAGGAUCGCUGCUGCCGCGAGCACGACAUGUGCCCCGACGUGCUCAACGUGGGCGACUGCCGGCGCGGCCUCUGCAACCGGGGCACCUUCACGCGCUCCCACUGCGAUUGCGAUGCGCGGUUCAGGCGCUGCCUGCAGGCGGCCAACACGGAGACGGCCAACACGCUGGGCGCGAUCUUCUACAAUGUGGUGCAGGUGACCUGCUUCCAGGAGCGCAGCCCGUGCUCGGCACACCAAAGGUUCGACGAUUACUUUUAUGGCCGUCGCCAGUGCCCGCUCGAGUAUCGGCAGGCCGACCUCUAUGUGCCGCCGCAUGCCGAGCAGCUCAUUGCCAAGAUUCUCGAUCAGCCGCAGGGCCGCGCCCUCGCCGCCCCGCUGCCCCCGCUGAAGCACACGGCCCGGCGCUUCGGCGUGAAGCUCGCCAGCGUCGGCCUGGCCGCGGUCAACAUACUGCGCGAGGUGGUUCAACGGCCACGCCUGCUCUGGGAGAGCCUCCACGCCCCGGUCAGUCGGGAGCUGCCGCCCCCAAGGGGCUACUACUACGAGCGGCCGGCGGCGGUGAGGCCGCGCUAUGCCUACAGCUAUGACUACGGCUGGAGAUGACCUGAGCUGCUCCGCUCAUCCCAUAUCAUCCCAUCUCCGCAUCUCAAUGCCCGCUCAGUAUUAAGUAGCUGGAUCGGAUGGGCACGCAUUCAUAGUCAGCAUGUCCAAAGCACUUGCAUGUUAUGCCCUAAGUUACGAAAUUUUUGUUUUUGUUGUAUAUAGAAAUAUAUUUUUGUUUUUUUUUUUUUUUACUAUUAUUUU